CCUUCGGUUCCUAGGCAGCUCUUGGAAGUGGCCCGUGGAUGCGACGAGUUGUUUUUCACCCGCAGCUUGAGAGACAGAAAACACUUGUAUCCCUAAGUUUUUUUUCUCCUCUUCCUCCUCCUCUUCAUCAGCGUGUUCUCGGUGAAGACUGCCGGUGCCUCUGUGCUGCGCGCUGCCCGGUGGCUCCUCGAACCCUCCCAGCUGGACAGAGAUGAGCAGUCCCGAUGCGGGUUACGCCAGCGACGAUCAGACCCAGGCAAGGUGUGCGAUGUCAGUCAUGAUGCCGGGAAUGGGACACUGUCAGUGGGCCGACCCCCUCAGUCCUCUCGGGGACGCCAAGGUGAAGAGCGAGCCGUGCGCGUCCGGCUCCGGCAGCCAGAACCGCGGCAAGACCGAGCCGCGGAUCCGACGGCCCAUGAACGCGUUCAUGGUCUGGGCGAAGGAUGAGCGCAAGAGGCUGGCGCAGCAGAACCCGGACCUGCACAACGCGGAGCUGAGCAAAAUGUUGGGGAAAUCAUGGAAAGCCCUUCCUGUCACAGAAAAGCAGCCCUUUGUGGAGGAGGCCGAGCGGCUGCGGGUUCAGCACAUGCAGGAUCACCCCAACUACAAGUACAGGCCCCGGCGGCGGAAGCAGGUGAAGAGGAUUAAGAGGCUGGACCCCGGCUUUCUGGUCCAUGGCGUGGUCGACCACCAGGCCGGGGGGAUGCCCGGCGACGGCAGGGUGUGUGUGGACAGCCUGGGCCUGGGCUACCACGAGCACGGCUUCCAGCUUCCUCCACAGCAGCUCAGUCACUACCGGGAGGCCCUCGGGGGCCCCUCUUAUGACAACUACAGCCUCCCCACACCUGACACCUCUCCUCUGGACGCCGUGGAGUCAGACUCCAUGUUCUUCCCUCAACACUCACAAGAGGACUGCCACAUGAUACCUGCCUACGCUUACCACUCCCAGGCGGCAGAGUACCAGCACCAGGAGGCCCACUCCAACCACCACGGCAACUCCGUCCUGCACCGACACUCUGCCUCGGCUCCAGAGCAGCCGGCCUCUCUCCCCCCUUCCUACAUGGGAUGCCCCAACCCUCUGGCCAUGUAUUACACCCAGCACUGCAGUCCCAGCCACGCGAAACGGCAUCCUGGGGGGGCAGGACAGCUCUCCCCUCCUCCUGACUCUCACCCCCACUCGGCAGACAGCGUGGAGCAGAUGCACCACUCGGAGCUGCUGGCUGAGGUGGACCGCAGCGAGUUCGAGCAGUAUUUGAGUUCCUCCUCAGCGCGUGCGGACAUGACAGGCCUGGCCUAUGUGCCGCACGAGGCUGGCAUGCAGGGGCCUGAGAGCCUCAUAUCAUCGGUGCUGUCAGACGCCAGCACAGCUGUGUAUUACUGUAGCUACAACAACUCCUAACCUCCCGGCCGGCCUGUUCCCUGCUGCACGGACACAUGAUCUGACCUCAAAUCUCUGCAGCUAAAUUUGAACAAACUUGUUUUUUUAUUUUUUUUUAAAUUCUUUUUUUUCCACUGCGGACAGAGAUGCCCAUGAGAUUAUGAAAUGCCGUUUUGUAGAAGACUUUGUACUGUAUCUGUGUAAAGACAGUUAAUAAAGCCAUAAACUAUUUUAACACUGGUUUCAAUUUCCUCUCCUGAAGGGACAUGAACUCACUUUGCGAUGACAACUAUUGUACAGUCGCUAUUUGAAACUUUGUGUAUAUACUGAAGGUGUUUUUAUACUUUUUUGCACUUUUGAGUAAAUAAAUGUUUUGAAAAGAAA